AUUAAAUGAAUGAACACGUCUAUGUGGAUCAACCGAAAUCGCGGGAAACGCGUUCUGUUCCAUUAGUCCCGUAGGGGUAAUUUGUAUUUUCUUAAUAUUAACAAUAAACAUUAUAUAGAGAUUUUUCUUCUGCACCUCGUGAAGCUCCUUGUGCGAUACAUAUUGAUACUUUUACACCGAAUGAAGGACCCUAAACGAAUCGUGAAUAAUAAGGUAAUCCUUGAAAAUCGGCCAUUGCGACUAUUUUCAGCGAAUCGAGUUAUAUAGCUUAAAAUGAUAAUUUAACAAUUAAGCUAUGAGCUCUCCCAGCCUCCCACGGAAUAACAAGGUGGCCGAAACAGCAAACGAUGCAGGACAAAGCAUACGCGAGAAAGUAGAAAGUUUCCAUGAUGCAGCAGACUGUGUGGAUCAUGCUGGAGAAAAGUCUGAUCUAAACGAUAGUGCGUAUUUUCCUGGCAAAAGUCGUUAUGGAAGAACAAUAAAGCCUAAAUCUCCUAGAGAUGACAUUGCUGAAUUUCCUAAGAAUUACAAAAUGCCAAAGACGCGUAAAUCUCAAAACUCUAGUGAAAAUAGUAACGAAAAUAUAGACGAAAGUAAUAUAGUGAAUGAUACUGAUGAAGCAAGUGAUUCAUUUAGUUCUUCGAAUUCUAUGGAGGAGAUUGCAUCUCCAAAAUUUGACAAUAAUACUGCACAGUGUAAUUGGAGUUUAGGACAAUUAGCAUGGGCACGUGUUGGCAAUUUUCCAUUUUGGCCAUGUGUUGUAACUCUAGAUCCAACUUCAUUAAUUUUUUAUAAAUAUAAAGCUACUGGCAGAUCGCAAUUGCUAAUGAUACACGUUCAAUAUUUUGGAGAUAAAGGACGUCAUAGCUGGGUCUCGUCAAAUUCUAUGAUCCAUUUCACAAACCUUGAUGACUUUCAAAAGCUAUCUGAAUCAUUGACUGCAGAAAUUAAGAGGAAGGACGCUAAAUAUGCUGCAGCAUUUGUUAUUAAGCCAGGAUUAAAGAUAAAAUGGGAAACAGCGGUUGAAGAGGCAACGGAAGUACAACCAAUGACUGAUCAAGAAAGGGCUGAUAUAUUUAAACCAAUUGUUAAAAGUUCAAGGCAAAAAGUUCAGAAGACACUUGAUUUUUAUGUAAAGGGUAAGACGAGUAAAAGAAAAUACGCAGGUGAUCCGAAUACAUCAGAUGCAAAGCGUACUAAACAGGAAAGUGUGGAUGUUUCAGAGAAACUACAAUAUAAAUUAGAAUCACCAAAAUUAAGGUAUUUGCAACAUGAAAAUGGAAAAGCAAAUUUGAGAUUAAAUUUUGAAAGUCCUUCUCGCAUAUCCGUUAAAUCUAACGAAUCUAAUAGUGAUUCUUCGACAACACAAAAAAAUGAUUUUAAAAGUGAUGAACUUGAUGGUGUUUUUGAAGUUUAUUAUGAAAGAAACAGAGAUAUGUUAGAAGAUGAACAUCCUGAUUUGUCAGAGGAAGAAAUCAAAAAAUAUUUAAGAAAAACUUGGAAUGAUAUGAACUCUUCUUUUCGUAGAAAAUAUCGUUUAUAUAUUAAAUCAGAGGAUAAUCAAUCAAAAGAAAAUACACCUGAAUCUGAAGAAGACACAUCAACGGAUGCAGAGAGUAUCACAAAAGAUAUAAAAAAAUUAAGUAGAAGUAAUACUGUAGAAACAAAAAAAACCAGACCAUACAAUCUUUUUAAAGGCAUGAAACAAGAAAAGGUUUGUCAAAUUUGUGAAAAAACAGGAAAGUUAACAAGAUGUAGGGGACCCUGUUAUUCUUACUUUCAUUUAUCAUGUGUCAAACCUGGAGAAUCUAGCCCAGAACAUUCUAUAGAUGAAAGUACGUACAGUGAUAAAUUGUUUGAUGAUUUGAGAGAAAUAAAAAGAAAUAAUACAGAUGAUGAAGAAAAUAGUGAUAAAGCAGAGGAACAAGAAGAUGAAAGUUUCAAAUGUAUUGAUUGUUUAUCUGGUGUAGCUCCAGCAUGUUUUGUAUGUAAUGAAAGGGAAGGAGACAGAAUAAGAUGUUCUGUUUUAGCAUGUGGCAAACAUUAUCACUCAUCUUGUUUAAAGUCUUGGCCUCAAUCUCGUUGGCAAGGAGGUCGUUUAACUUGUCCAUAUCAUAUGUGUCAUACAUGUAGUUCUGAUAAUCCACAAGAUAGUCACUCUCGUGCACCGAAUGAAAAAAUAGCACGAUGUGUUCGAUGUCCAUCAUCCUAUCAUACAUCCAUAUCGUGUUUACCUGCAGGAUCAGUAAUAUUAACAGGAAGUCAAAUUGUUUGUCCUAAACAUUACAAAGCUCCUCAUCCUCCAUUGAAUGCAGCAUGGUGUUUCCUUUGCACACGUGGAGGAAGUCUUAUUUGUUGUGACACGUGUCCAACUUCGUUUCAUCUGGAGUGUCUUGGUAUAAAUGCACCGGAUGGUGCGUUUAUAUGCGAAGAUUGUGAAACUGGAAGACUUCCUCUCUAUGGAGAAGUAGUAUGGGUUAAGCUUGGUAAUUAUCGUUGGUGGCCCUCUCGUAUAUGCUAUCCACAUGAAAUACCUGAAAAUGUAGAAGCUAUACCACAUAGUCCUGGCAAAUUUUGUGUCAUGUUUUUAGGUUCUAAUAAUUAUUAUUGGGUCCACAGAGGGCGUGCUUUCUUAUAUCAAGAUGGAGAUGCAAAUAUAAAGCCUUCUUCAGUAGGUAAAAGAAAAAUGAGAAAUGAUACUUAUAGAAAAGCUUUAGAAGAAGCUAGUGAAAUUCAUCAACGUUUAAAAACUGAAAGAGCUGCUGCUAAGGAUCAUGAAUCUAAAGGAUUGAAACCUCCACCGUAUGUUAAAUUAAAAGUCAAUAAACCUGUGGGCAAUGUGAAACCUGUUGAAGUUGAAAGUAUUGUAGCAUGUGAUUGUGAUGCAGAAUUGGAUGAUGCAUGUGCGCCUGGAACAGAUUGUUUAAAUCGUAUUUUAUUGAUAGAGUGUAGUCCAGGUGUAUGUCCAGCUGGUACGAAGUGUAAUAAUCAAGACUUCGUACGCAGACAAUAUCCAGCAAUGGAACCAUUUCAUACAGUUGGCCGCGGUUGGGGUCUUAGAAGUUUGGAAGCCAUUAAAUCUGGACAAUUUAUAAUUGAAUACGUUGGCGAAGUUAUAGAUGAAGCAGAAUACAAAGAGAGAUUAAGUAGAAAAAAAGAGUUAAAAAAUGAAAAUUUUUACUUUUUAACAAUAGAUAAUAAUAGAAUGAUCGAUGCAGAACCAAAGGGCAAUCUUAGCCGAUUCAUGAAUCAUUCUUGCUCGCCAAAUUGUGAAACACAAAAAUGGACAGUAAAUGGAGAUACGCGGAUUGGUUUAUUCGCUUUACGUGAUAUAAAGCCAAGAGAAGAGUUAACUUUUAAUUAUAAUUUAGCUUGCGAUGGGGAAACACGUAAGGCAUGUUUAUGCGGUGCAUCAAAUUGUAGUGGAUUUAUAGGUUUAAAAGUACAAAAACCACAAGUAACUCCAGUUCCAGUACCAUCUAAAAAAUCUGAUAAAGCAGAAAAAGUAAGAAGGCAAAGAAGAUCAAGGAAACAUUUUUGCUGGAGUUGUGGACAAGAGAUAAUGCAUGGUAGCGAAACUAUUGUAUGUGAUCAUAAGACAUGUAAUAAAAAAUAUCAUAAUACUUGUGUAGAUAUUGACAAUGGAGAGAGUAAAUUUAGUUGUCCAUGGCAUCACUGUAUAGAGUGUAAUCGAAGAACAUCCGCACACUGUUCAUUUUGUAGUGUUGCUUUUUGUCAAGUUCAUUUAGAUGGGAAUUUAUUUGAAUAUGGAGAAAAGAGUGGCUUUGUUUGUGCAUUACAUGAAAAUAUGGAGAUACAGAGAUCAUCAGCAGAAGAUGAAAAAGAUUCUUCUGAUAACGAGGCUGAUAUUGAUAAAGAAUAUUUAUCAAGAUCUAGCAGCCCUAUAGAAAUGGAAACAAAAUUACAACGAGAACCAUCGCCACGAGUUUCAAUUGUAGAGGUUCAUCCGAAUAGCGAAGAAAGUGAAGAAUCACAAAAGGAAGAGGACGAAGAAUUAUUAGAAGAUACAAUUGCAUUGUGUACAUAUAAUUUUUCAAAAACAGUAAAAAGAAAGAUGCUCAAUCAGUCUUCUAAUAUGUUUGAAGAAGAACAAGCUGAGAAAUUGAAUAAUCUUACUUCUAGUCAACUGGAGGCGAUAAUUGGUGGUAGUCUAUUUGAAUAAAUUAUUUUGAAUUAUCAAACAAAGUAAAAGAAGAUAGUAUGAAACAUAAAAAAAAUCUUACAAAAAUGAUCCAAUUAAAUUAUAUGUAAGAUGACUGCAUUAUUCUUUCAGUAAUUGAAUAGUAGUACAUGUAGUACAUAUUAUGUGGGCAAUAGACUAAAUGGAAUAAUACUUUUGUGCUAAAUGAAAGAACAUGAAUGUCUAGUCCUUUGCCAAAUUUCUUUUCUUUUUUGAAGGAGAGUUUCCUCUAUUUUCUUUUCUUUUUUUCUUAAAUAUAUGAGCAAAUACAUUCGACAGGUGCUCUUUUUAAAUAUCCACUAUUUAUGUAUCAGUUUUUAUAAAACUAUGCAAUUUGAUAAAAUAUGAUAAAUUCAAAAUAUAUUUGUCCAUUUUAUAAAAGGAUUGCCUGUUCCGAUAAUACAUUCCUGUUUCUGAAUAUUUGGUAAAGAGAAAGUAAGUCUUGUUUAUAAAGUAAUCAGUUUAAAGGAAAUGUAUGUAUUAUAAUAAUACUUUAUAAAUUUUAUAGACUGAAUAGUACUUUAUCAUUAUCAUAUUAUUUUUAUUAUCAUAUUUCAUAAUCAUUAUUAUUUAUCUUAUUUGUAAUAUAGUGUUAUAAACACUUUUUUACUUUGUUUUGUAUAUAUCAAAAAAUGGAACAUGACUGAUUUCUAAUUUAUAUAGAUCACUCUUCGAAAUCUUCGAAGAUCACUCUUCAAAGAAUAUAAAUUUAUAUCUUCAUUUUUCUUUUUUAUGUCUCACGUAUUUUAUUUUAUAUGAAAAUAAUUGUUCAAAACAAUUUAAUCAUGGAAAGACUAUUUUCUAGAUGAAAAUUGAUUCCUUUUCUCUGAAUUUUCUUGAUGAUUGAAAAUAAAAAUAUAUUUUAUUUUCAAAGUUAUAUUUCAUGUUAUUAUUAAUCGAAAAUAUAUAGAUAAAGAAAUUUAAAGGUGCCUUGUCUGAUGCUAUUGAAAAUUGCAAAAACGUCUAUCUGCUCAUUUAUCACUAUUUAAAUACAAACAAGGAUCUGUAUUAGCGAUUAUAUUUAUAAUUAGUACAUGACACUUUUCUAAGACAUGAAUUUAUGCAUAUACACUGCCUUCUAUAUUCAUUUACACAUUAUUAAUGUAAACUUAUUAAUACUGAUAAUUUUAUUAAGUAGUAUUUGUAUAUUACAAAACUAAGUGUUCUUCCAAUCUUAUCAGAACAUAUAAUUUAAAACUGUAAUUAUAAGAAAAAUACAACGUAUGUAUACAAUAUAGUAGUAAAUUUUAAAUGUCUUAAAUAUAACUUUCAUUGUUUAAUUACAUAAGAAAUUAGGGUAAAUUAAAAUUUAUAUAUAUAAAAAAAAAAAAAAAAAAAAAAAAAUGUACUCGUUUUUGUAUAUUGCAUUAUGUAAACAGUAUAAAUGCUAGUAUUUUAGUAGAAAUUAAAGGCAUCAUAUUAAGUUUUGUCGUAUUAUGCGCCUAGAGAUAAGGCUAUAGUGGUAUGCUCAUUAUAGAUUUAAAAACGUGUCAUUACUAUCACUAUUGCAUAUACAAAAUACAGUGACUGCCACGUAUACAUAUAUACAUAUAUAUAUGUGUGUGUA